CCUUUGGAAGUGGAAGUUCCUUUCCGCCUUCCUCCAGGUGAUCCCGAAAAGAUGAACAUGAUAAAAGUUUCCAGUAUCAUGGGCAUUGAUCCAAAGCCAUUUGACGCCAAGACAUUUGUUGAAGAAGACACAUUUGAGAGAGAUGGAACGAAGACGCGUAUUCGUCUGGUUAAUAAUAUUGUGCGCCAUAGGUUUGUUAAGGGUCGAGACGGUAAAACAUAUAGUGAAAGUAAUGCUCGGUUUGUAAGGUGGUCAGAUGGAAGCUUACAGCUAUUGAUAGGAAACGAAGUUCUUGAUAUAACUGAACAAGAUGCACGUCAAGACCAGAACCACCUUUUACUGAAACAUGAAAAGGGAAUCCUUCAAUCGCAAGGAAGAAUUCUGAAGAAAAUGAGGUUUAUUCCAUCAUCUCUAACGUCAAAUUCCCAUAGGCUUUUGACAGCCCUUGUUGACUCGAGGGAAAAGAAGGAGUUCAAAGUUAAGAACUGUGUCACUGACAUUGACCCUGAGAGGGAGAAGGAGAAGAGAGAAAGGAUGGAAAGCCAAAACCUCAAGGCUAGUACAAAGCUGAGUCAAGCGAGGGAGAAAAUCAAGCGCAAGUAUCCACUUCCUGUUGCAAGGAGACAACUCUCCACUGGAUACUUGGAAGAUGCUCUCGAAGAGGACGAAGAGACAGACCACUAUGGUUCUCACCGCUCAAACCGUGGCUAUGAGGAGGAUCUGGAAGCUGAGGCGCAACGGGAACGAAGAAUUAUGAACGCCAAGAAGAGCCAGAAAGGCUUUCCGGGGAGGUCAUCAAUGAGUUCAGCGAGACCGACAAGGCGUCAAGCGGAGUAUUCAGAGAGCGAGAGAGAGGAAUCAGAGUAUGAGACUGAAGAAGAAGAGGAAGAAGAGGAGGAAAGGCCACGUUCCCGUAAAAGAGUCAAGGAACCAGAAGAUGAGUACGAGGAAGAUGAGGAGGAAGAAGAAGGAAAAACCAACAGAUAUUCAGAAGAAGAUGAAGAAGAAGAAGAGGGGGUUAAGGCAGGGAAGGAACGUGGUAGUAGCCGGAAAAGGAAAGGGAUUGAGUCGGACGAGGAGGAGGAGUCUCCUCCGAGAAAAGCUCCGACUCAUCGUCGUAUGGCCAUGGUUUACGACAGUGAUGAAGACUAACAAUUUUUCCAUAAACAAAGCACUAUCCCGUUUCAUCGAAAUAAAAAAAAUUGUAAUGUCAGUGUUUUGAACUUGUCUCGUUUUAAUUAAAUAGAAAACGAUCAUCAGAUCAUGAUAUGGAUUUUUUGAUCAUUUUGUUCUUCAUGUAAUUUGUAGUUGAAGACAGUGUUCAUUUUUCUUA